AUGGCGGAAAGUGGGGGUACACUACAAGAAGACGAAGAAGUUCCUGGACUUGUCAAUGACAUUUUGUGUCAGCCAUGUUUAAGUAAGGAUAAGCAAACUGUAGCUGAUAAGUUUUGUUCAACUUGUAACGAAUUCCAGUGUACGGAAUGUUCAAAUGUACAUAACGUACUUACUAUUCUCAGAACUCACAAAUUAGUUAACGCGAAUGAAACUGUAGCGAAACAAGAUUUGUUUGACAUAAAAGGAUUAGACCGUUGUAAUCAACAUAAAAAGAUUAUAAAAUUUUUCUGCGAAGAUGAGAAUCAUCUCUGUUGUAGUACCUGCGCUAUAGUUGACCAUCGUAAAUGUGACAGCGUUGUAGAAGUUCAGAAGCUUGCUGGCAAAUUUAUGUCUCCAAAUUCAUUUGUAAAGGAAAAAUUUCUGGCUACCAAAGAAAAGGCCGAGGGCAUUAUUAAACAAGUAAUGUCUUCAAAUGAAAAAUUAGAGCAAGAAGUGAAUAAAAUUCCAGAAACAAUUAAUCAAGUGCGAGAUGAAGUAAAAAGAAUGUUUGACGAUUUGGAAGUUUCCAUCGUUAAAAAAGUGAAAUCUUUUCAUGAAGAAACACAAACAAAACUUACAAUAAAACAAUCGUUAACAGAGAAUUAUUUAUCUGAUAUAAAAUCGCUUUUGGAAACAGUUGAUAGCGUUUAUAGAAAUGGAAGUUCAGCGCAACAAUUUAUUGUAGAAAAGAAAAUGGAAAAUGAUGCCACUACUCUAUACAGAAACGUGAAAGAGAUAUUUCAAGAUUUAGAGACGGUCAGCGUUUCUUUUCAUUUUGACAAAACAUUAAAGAUGCCACCAUUUCGAAUUUCUGAAUACGUUCCGGGACAACUCGCGUUUGAACAUCAUUAUGUUAAUAGGCCGAUGACACUUACUACUGUUUCUUCUAUUGAUUUGAAGAAGACUGGAGAUGACACAAAUGAACCGUUCUUUACAGGAAUAGACUUUCUGCCCGAUGGAAGACUGGUUGCUGUUGAUAAUUACAACACAAAAUGCAUAGUGUAUAAUGAGAAGCUUGAGAAAGUAGGUUCAUAUCAGUUAUCGCACGUUCCAAAAUCUAUAGCGGCUGUGUCAGAGGAAGACGUAGUUAUAACAAGUAGUAGUGACUAUAUAAUAGAAUUUCUACAUAUUAGUAAAUGUAAUGAAAUUACAUCGGACAAAACUUGUAAAGUGAAAACGCAAUAUGACUCUAUAUGUUUGAAAGAUGACGAUCAAUUUGCUGUGAGGACUAUCAAUGACAAAAGACAUGUACGCAUUGUGUCAAUGACAGGAAAUGAGAAUGAUUUCAGUGUUAGCUUUCCUACUAAGAAAUAUACUAUAUAUGAUAGUUCUUGUACAUAUAAUAAAAACAAUGACAUACUGGUGCUAACAGAUAGAUACGAACAUGCUGUCUAUAUAUAUGAUACCAAGGCAGACACGAGAGUCGUGGUGAAGGAUGAUCAGAUAGAGGAACCACGUGGUGUAGCAGUUGGUCCUUCUGAUACUAUCCUGGUUUGUAGUAAAGGAACAAACUCGAUUGUACAGAUAUCACAAACAGGACAUAUCUUAUCAUCACACAAGAUAGAUAUGAUAUAUCCGUUAAGA